AUGGUCCUCUCAGAGAAUGGCAUCGUCCAGGAGUACUGGCACCCGCUCAUGCAACAGGGAGACUCUCAAAAUCUAGAAUUAUUGGGAAAAGUCAAGAGAGAAAUCGAGCAGAAUGGGAUCACGCGACCUAAGGGGUACAAUGUUUCCUGGCACUCGAAUCCCGAGAUCGAGAAGCACCAUUUUGGGCAUGCUCACCCGAUGAAGCCGUGGCGACUAACUCUCGCCAAGGGCCUGAUUAUGGCUUAUGGGAUGCAUGCCGCCAUGGAUACAUAUGUGUCGCGACAAGCAACAAGGGAAGAGUUGGAGGACUUUCACAGUGCCGAAUACCUGGAUUAUCUCAAACUGGCCAAGGUGGCCAUACCCGAUGACGAGUCUACCAACCAGUUCAGUCUUGGUGGGUCCGACUGCCCUAUUUUUGAAGGGCUGUUCAACUACUGCUCGAUGUAUGCCGGGGCUUCGAUCGAUGCAGCCCGCAAGCUUUGCAACAAUGAGUCGGACAUCGCAAUCAACUGGUCGGGAGGUCUACAUCACGCGAAGAAGGCCGAAGCUUCCGGAUUUUGCUACGUAAACGAUAUUGUACUGGCAAUUCUCCAGCUACUACGGAAACACCCCAGAGUCUUAUAUAUCGAUAUUGAUGUACAUCAUGGAGAUGGCGUGGAAGAAGCCUUCUGGUCGACGGAUCGGGUCAUGACCCUUUCAAUUCACAAAUAUGAUGGUCUGAACUUUUUCCCAGGAACUGGCGAUCUCGAACGGACGGGGCCAGAUAGCGAAGAGAAUCCCGGCGCACACCACGCCAUCAACGUACCUCUAGCCGACGGUAUAGACGACGAACAAUAUAUUUGGCUAUUUAAAACUAUUGUGGGGAUGACAGUUGAGCGGUUCCGACCGACCGCAAUUGUUCUGCAAUGCGGUGCAGAUUCCCUGGCUGGGGACCGAUUGGGUCGAUUUAAUGUGCAGGUCCAAGGUCACGGAGCUUGUGUCGCCUACUGCAAAUCCUUAAAUAUUCCACUUCUUCUUGUUGGUGGUGGAGGCUAUACUCCGCGCAAUGUUGCACGAGCCUGGGCCCAUGAAACCAGCAUCGCCAUAGGUUGUGAUGCCACAUUGGAUCCCAUAAUUCCGGUGCAUACUCCUUACCGAUCACAUUUUCGGCAUGAAACUAUCUUCCCAACGUUGGAGCAGAUCGUCGGCGAUCCACGCCCAAAUCGAAAUUCGGAGAAGAAGGUUAGGGAUAUAGUCGCAUCGAUCACCGAACAACUUCGCUUCGUCAACUGUGCCCCAAGCGUUCAGAGUAACGUUAUCCCGCCUGACCUCACCGCAUGGAAGGAUGAUGUGGAGGAUAGGCUAAGGGAAGAGAGGGAAGAGUAUGAUAAAGAGCUGAGAAGGAGCAAGGAGCAAGGUCAUGGGGUACCUAUGGAAUAUUAA